AGCACUUCUCAAAAGACAAAACGCACUAGGAAAACCGCACAAAAUGUUAUGAACUUGGAUCCAAAAACUGAACUUUCAGCCACAAAGAUCUCUAACAACACAAAAAUGGAGGACAACGUGUGCCACAGCAAUCGAGAACAACUUGGACUUCAGUUUACGAUUGACUAUUUAUUGUACAAUAAGGGACGCAGCACUGGAAGAGCAGAACCAGAGGACAAUGUCAAUCCAUCAGAAGAUCUUCAAAGCACAGUAAACGAACCUGAACAAAAAACUCUCUCAGAACAGGACAGUGAAAAAUCAGAAGAGCAGGAAAACGACGAGGAUCACGAGAACACACAUGUAAAGAGCGAAGGAACAGACGAGAAGCCAGCGCAGUCCUACAUUGCCCUCAUUUCCAUGGCCAUCCUGGAUUCAGACGAAAAAAAGCUCCUGCUAUGUGACAUUUACCAGUGGAUCAUGGAUCACUAUCCUUACUUCAAAAGCAAGGACAAGAACUGGAGAAACAGCGUCAGACACAAUCUGUCUUUAAACGAGUGCUUCAUCAAAGCUGGUCGCAGUGACAAUGGCAAGGGUCAUUUCUGGGCAAUUCACCCGGCCAACUUUCAAGACUUCUCAAACGGGGACUACCAUCGGCGGAGAGCUCGGAGAAGGAUCCGCAGGGUAACAGGGCAGCUGCCCUACGCUCUGCCUGCACAUUACCAAACCCUGGGCCGCCUGAAACGGACACCGUGCUGGUGUUGCCCACCGUCCCAUCCGUUAUUGUGCUUCCCGCCUAGAGUCUACUGGAGCUGGGCUGCACUUCAGACACAACGCACACCGGCCCUUCAUGGACUCAUAUAACAAGAUCUGCUCUGAAAUUAUUUCUGCAUGUGCUGGAAAUGAAUUUGUACAUAUAUUUAAGCCAUAUUUUAAAUAUGCACAUUUGUUUGUAAAAUGAAAACCAAUAAAUAUAGAUAA